AUGGGUCUGAAAGGCUUCGUCGAGGGAGGUAUUGCUUCAGUAGUAGCAGGCUGUUCGACCCAUCCUCUGGACCUUAUCAAGGUCAGAAUGCAGCUUCAGGGUGAAAACCAUGUUCCCAACCCGAACCCACAAGUUCUGCGUCCAGCUUUUGCUUUCAACGGCGCAACAAUGGCUCAAGAAACCCUUCACAUUCCUGCACCAGCACCACCUAGAGUGGGACCCAUUUCGGUUGGGGUAAAGAUUUUUCAAUCCGAAGGUGCUUCCGCCUUGUUCUCCGGUAUCUCCGCCACCGUGCUCCGCCAGACUUUGUACUCCACCACCAGAAUGGGCUUGUAUGAGGUUUUCAAGCAGAAGUGGUCAGACCCGGAUUCGGGUAAAUUACCACUCGGCCGAAAAAUAGGCGCCGGAUUGAUCGCCGGAGGCAUCGGCGCGGCUGUUGGCAACCCUGCUGACGUGGCAAUGGUCCGAAUGCAAGCCGAUGGUCGGCUUCCAAUUUCUCAGCGCCGCAACUACAAGGGAGUGGUUGAUGCAAUUACACAAAUGUCCAAGCAGGAGGGGAUCACUAGCCUGUGGCGCGGCUCAUCCCUUACGGUAAACCGCGCUAUGAUUGUUACAGCAUCACAACUUGCAUCGUACGAUCAGAUCAAGGAAGCAAUAUUGGACCAUGGUGUGAUGAAAGAUGGUCUCGGGACCCACGUGACGGCCAGCUUUGCCGCUGGUUUUGUGGCGUCGGUGGCGUCAAACCCUAUUGAUGUGAUCAAAACCCGAGUGAUGAACAUGAAAGUGGAGCCAGGGAUGGCUCCACCGUAUAGUGGGGCACUUGAUUGUGCACUUAAGACAGUGAGAGCUGAGGGACCCAUGGCACUUUACAAGGGGUUCAUUCCAACCAUUUCUAGGCAGGGUCCGUUCACUGUUGUGCUGUUUGUGACCCUUGAACAACUUCCAGUACUGUCCUCAACUUCCUCUGUUUCUGCAACUGCUCUUGUAGUUUUGCAACCUGCAAAAAAGAUUAAUUUAGAGCUUUUGUUAAUUGGGUUGUCAAUAUGUUCUUAG